AUGAGAGAAGUCGGCGGGAAGGUGACAGAGAUCGCGAUCGCGACCGUACUCAACGGAAGAGACACUCUAGGUCGCGUAGUCCGGAGGCUUACCAAUUCUCCGAGCAGCGGCGGCACCGUGAUCGCGACAGAGAAAGAGACCGCGACCGAGAUCGCGAUUCCUACCGCCGCCGAGAUCGAUCCGUAG